AUGCUCAAAAAUCACUUGGUGUAUCUGAAUGGGGCCCUUGGAGCGGGGAUAAAUAUACUCCUAAUGUACUUCAUCAUCACUGAUCACCAGCCAAGCUACGAGCGUUCGGAGUACAGCCGCGCAAUCAUCUGGGAAAUGCACAGCAUCGACACAAGGGAACUCGGCUAUUUGGGGCCGAUCUAUUUGUAUCCAGACGCGACUGGUGUUGACCGGGUCCUAUGGAAAAAUUUCAUUGGAUCGGCUGGUUGUAUGCUGAUCAUGGUCAGCCUCUACACGGCGAUCUGGGUGUUUGGGAUACGACUAUUCUUCUUCAUCCGAGGCUCCCUCGUUAGUGCUCAGACGAAAAAGAUACAGCUUCAAUUGAUGCAGUUGUUGGUAAUUCAGGCCACAGUACCACUGAUUUUCGAGUACGCGCCAUGCCUUAUGUGCGUUUGGGGAGGAUAUAUCGGAAUCCCCUUCACAAAAGAAUACUCAUUGUACGGCAUGGUCUUCAUCUCAGCCUAUGCCCCUGUUGAUGCCAUUUCCAGUAUCGUUGGAUUUCCGAUUUAUCGCCGACGUCUUCUGAAAUGUGCUCGAAGGAGAAAAAUCUACUCCACCGGGGGCACCACGAUGAAGAGCUCAAAUGACAGCGCUGCC